UUCAUCGCUGCCUUGUCCAGACAGUUAUCAUUUAGCUAUUGUAGCUAGCUAACCUGCGUCAGUGGCAGAAGCUAACUGGCCAAAUAUGCAGGUAGCUAACAUUAUCGUUAGCAACAGUUAGCUAGCUAGCUACCUAUUAUUAGCCACAUUUACCUAAUAUUAAGGUGUAGCUUUUAAGAGACAUACUGUGCAUUAACUAGAUAUGCAACGACGGUUCUAGCUACGUUAAUAUGGCAAUAUAGCUGGCGUUAAGAAUCCGAUGGCUUGCGAUUAGUGUUCGGUAACUUGGUUGUAUGGCCCUGUGUGUUAGCUUCCUGUAAAGCUAAGGUAACAAUAUCGCGUUACAACAGACCGCCUCGACACUGUCCGAUUUAGUGAGCCGAUACUUUAUAAAGCUUUCAGCUAUGUUUUGGCAACAGUUGUUUUGUCAGCAUGUUUAAAUUCAGUUGCCUCUCUGAAUCAAACGGACUAAUUUAUCAUUUAUCACAUUGACAAUAGAGUUAACUGUGCAUUAAUCUAGUGUAUUAUAUCCAUUCAUCAACAAAGUAUUAGAUCCGCCUAGUUAUCAGUUACUUACUAAAAUAUGGUGCUUUACAGUUGGCAGCAGAGUUAGCUACAUACGUAUCGACAUGACUGUAGAUCUCAAAUGUCACAGAUUGCUCAUUUGCACAGAUGUCUUACAUUUUCUACUUGCACUUAAGACCUUGACCCUGAAUAACCUCCUCCUGAACCACUCUGUAUAUGUCUUGUUGUAUAUCGGUGUUUUUUGCAUGCAUCCUGGCUCCAAACCAAUUCCUCUGUAAGGGACAAUGAAGAUACUUUAACGUGACAUUUUGUAGUCACACAACUAGCUAAACACCACCAGGCAGAGAAAGACAAGUCUGAUUGGGAACGUGUUCUUUUUUUCUGCACUUUUACUUUUCAGAUCCUGGCUUUGAUAAGGAAUUGAGAGCGUAUGGCCACCAACCAGAUUGAAAUCUUUAACUGAAGACUAUGUCUUAUGUCUGAGAAUGGGUGGGAGUGGAUCCAAAGCCAAAAGUGUCUGGCCUUUCUCAGGCAGUGGAGCUGCUGGAGGGGAAUCAGCCAGUGAUGGGAACGAUCAGUCCGUGGCCCGUCUCAAAGGUUCCAGAAAUGCAACACCGUUUGUUUUUACCAGGAGAAGUUCUUUGUACUAUGACGAGGACGGUGACCUUGCCCAUGAAUUCUAUGAAGAGACGGUUGUGACAAAAAAUGGCAGAAAAAAGUCCAAGUUGAAGAGGAUCCAGAAAAAUCUGAUUCCACAGGGAGUUGUGAAGCUUGACCACCCUUGUAUACAUGUAGAUUUCCCCAUCGUCCUCUGUGAGGUGUGAAAAGUUGCACAGGACUGAUCUACUGUGAAGUGCAGCCACAGGUACUCUUUUCCAAAGCCAAGACUGGAGCGAAAAAGGAAAAUAAAUUCAAACUGUCACAUUAAACUGAUAUAUUGAAUAAAAUGUUAUACAUUUGAAUUCAACUAUGGUCAGAGGGUGCCCUGUUCACAAAAAUCUGUAUUUUGAUAUUCACAAAAGUAGUGUUUUUACAGGUUGUGUGUCCACUACCCAGCUGAUAUGUUAGCAGUCGUAGGGAAUACAUCAAAUUAAGUUGUAUUUCUCUGUGAGUUUUUUUGCAGGGAAAAACAUAUUUGAUGUGAAAAGGCUUUAAGGUUUAUGCCUUCUUUGAAACGUAGAGUGAAACUGUAUGUGUCUUUGUAGAUGUACGUGCGUGCACUUAGGUUUGAUUGAGUGGAUGUGUGUAAGAGAGGGACUGAAGAUGUAGUUACAGGGUAGAAUAAUGAAGGAUUGUGAAAUUAUUGUAUAUAUGGUCAUGUUCUGUAUUGUCACGUCUGAGUCUGUCUCAGUUUCCGGAGCUCAGACCUGCACUAGUGAACAUAAUGUACUGUAAAUAAUAUCAGAUUUAUUAGUUGGAAAUACUUGAAUAAAUGGUUUACUGAGCUGAA